GCGAGCGCACCAAGAUGGCGACACCCGCAGUCCCUCCCGCAGCUCCCCCCGCGCCGCAGUCCGGCAGCGCCGCGCCGGGGCCGCGCUGAGCCCGCCCGACACGAGCUGAGCUGCCCGGGCUGCACCAUCGCUAAAGAAGCUGCUGCAGGAUGAAAAGAUGGCAGCGCGGCUGCUGGCACCACCGGGCCCCGAGAGUUUUAAACCCUUCACUCCGGAGUCUCUGGCCAACAUCGAGAAACACAUCGCGGAGCUGAAGAAGAAGCAGCGCUCCAAGCAGGACAGCAGCCACCGGGAUGACGACGAAGACAGCAAACCAAAACCAAACAGUGACCUUGAGGCGGGGAAGAAUUUGCCUUUCAUCUACGGGGACAUCCCUAAAGGGCUGGUUGCUGUGCCGCUGGAGGACUUUGACCCUUAUUAUAUGACCCAGAAAACCUUUGUAGUACUAAACAGAGGGAAAACACUCUUCCGAUUUAGUGCCACACCUGCCUUGUACAUUUUAAGUCCUUUUAAUCUGUUUAGAAGAAUAGCUAUUAAAAUUUUGAUACAUUCAGUAUUUAGCAUGAUCAUUAUGUGCACUAUUUUGACCAACUGUGUAUUCAUGACUUUUAGUAACCCGCCAGAAUGGUCAAAGAAUGUGGAGUACACAUUCACCGGGAUUUAUACGUUUGAAUCACUCGUGAAAAUCAUUGCAAGAGGUUUCUGUAUAGAUGGGUUCACCUUCCUGAGGGAUCCCUGGAACUGGCUGGAUUUCAGCGUGAUCAUGAUGGCAUAUGUCACAGAGUUUGUGGACCUUGGGAAUGUCUCAGCAUUGAGAACUUUCAGAGUUCUCCGAGCUUUGAAAACUAUCUCUGUAAUUCCAGGCUUGAAGACCAUCGUGGGUGCCCUCAUCCAGUCUGUGAAGAAGCUGUCGGAUGUGAUGAUCCUGACAGUUUUCUGUCUCAGUGUCUUUGCCCUCAUCGGGCUCCAGCUGUUCAUGGGCAAUUUAAGGAACAAAUGUGUGAUUUGGCCAAUUAAUGUGAACGAGACCUUCCUGGAUAACGGCUCCAGGGGCUUCGACUGGGAGGAAUACACCAACAAUAUGUCAAAUUUUUACAUCAUUCCUGGCGCCCCCGACCCUUUGCUCUGUGGUAACAGCUCAGAUGCAGGCCAAUGUCCCGAGGGAUACACGUGCAUGAAGGCAGGACGGAACCCCAACUACGGCUACACCAGCUUUGACACCUUCAGCUGGGCUUUUCUGGCUUUGUUUCGCCUUAUGACUCAGGACUUUUGGGAAAACUUGUAUCAGUUGACUUUACGAGCGGCAGGAAAAACCUACAUGAUCUUCUUUGUGCUGGUGAUCUUUGUGGGAUCCUUCUACCUGGUGAAUCUGAUUUUGGCUGUGGUGGCCAUGGCCUACGAGGAGCAGAACCAGGCGACGCUGGAGGAGGCAGAGCAGAAGGAGGCAGAAUUCAAGGCCAUGUUGGAACAAUUGAAAAAGCAACAGGAAGAAGCACAGGCUGCUGCCAUGGUCACCUCGGCGGGGACGGUCUCUGAAGAUGCUGUGGAAGAUGAUGGCGGGGGGAGGAUGUCCCGGAGCUCCUCGGAGAUCUCCAAACUCAGUUCCAAGAGUGCCAAGGAGCGCCGGAACAGGAGGAAAAAGAGGAAGGACAAGGAGCUGUCGGAAGGGGAUGAGAAGUGUGACAAUGAGAAGGUGUUCAAGUCGGAAUCUGAGGAUGGCAUGAGGAGGAAAGCAUUCAGGCUGCCGGAUAACAGGCUGGGAAGGAAAUUUUCCAUCAUGAACCAGUCUCUCCUCAGCAUCCCGGGCUCCCCUUUCCUCUCCCGCCACAACAGCAAGAGCAGCAUCUUCAGCUACAAGAGCCGCUUCCGCGACCCGGGCUCGGAGAACGAGUUUGCCGACGACGAGCACAGCACGGUGGAGGAGAGCGAGGGCAGGAGGGACUCGCUCUUCAUCCCCAUCCGCGGCCGCGACCGGCGCAGCAGCUACAGCGGCUACAGCGGCUACAGCGUGGGCAGCCGCUCCUCGCGCAUCUUCCCCACGCUGCGCCGCAGCGUCAAGAGGAACAGCACCGUGGACUGCAACGGCGUCGUCUCCCUCAUCGGCGGGCCCCCCUCCAGCAUGCCCGGCGGCCGCAUCCUGCCCGAGGGUACCACAGAAAUCGAAAUUAGGAAGAAGCCUGGCGGGUCUCUCUUGGUCUCAAUGGAUCAGGUGAACGCAUCCUAUGGGAGGAAGGAUCGGACCAACAGUGUCAUGACUGGCUUGACCAACACCCUGGUUGAGGAGCUGGAGGAGUCCCAGAGGAAGUGUCCCCCUUGCUGGUACAAAUUUGCCAACACGUUCCUGAUCUGGGAGUGCCACCCGUACUGGAUGAAGCUGAAGGAGAUCGUGAACUUAAUAGUCAUGGAUCCUUUUGUGGACUUGGCCAUCACCAUCUGCAUCGUGCUGAACACGCUCUUCAUGGCCAUGGAGCACCACCCCAUGACCCCCGAGUUCGAGCACGUGCUCUCCGUGGGGAACCUGGUUUUCACCGGGAUUUUCACAGCAGAAAUGUUCCUGAAGCUCAUUGCGAUGGAUCCAUACUAUUAUUUUCAAGAAGGCUGGAACAUCUUUGAUGGGUUUAUUGUCUCCCUCAGUUUAAUGGAGCUGAGUCUGGCAGAUGUGGAAGGACUUUCUGUGCUGCGAUCUUUCCGAUUGCUGAGAGUCUUCAAACUGGCCAAGUCCUGGCCCACUCUGAACAUGCUGAUAAAAAUCAUUGGUAACUCGGUGGGUGCCUUGGGGAAUUUGACCUUGGUGCUGGCCAUCAUCGUGUUCAUCUUCGCCGUGGUGGGGAUGCAGCUCUUUGGCAAAAGCUACAAGGAGUGUGUCUGCAAGAUCAAUCCGGAGUGUGAGCUACCCCGCUGGCACAUGCACGAUUUCUUCCACUCCUUCCUUAUUGUCUUCCGUGUGUUGUGUGGGGAGUGGAUUGAGACCAUGUGGGAUUGUAUGGAAGUGGCAGGACAGGCCAUGUGCUUGAUUGUCUUCAUGAUGGUCAUGGUCAUCGGAAAUUUAGUGGUGCUGAACCUGUUCCUGGCCUUGCUGCUGAGCUCCUUCAGCGCGGACAACCUGGCAGCCACGGACGACGACGGGGAGAUGAACAACCUGCAGAUCUCGGUGAUCCGCAUCAAGAAGGGCAUUGCCUGGACCAAGGCCAAGGUGCGGGAGUUCAUGCAGGCUCACUUCAAGCAGAGAGAGGCCGACGAGGUGAAGCCUCUGGACGAGCUGUACGACAAGAAGGUGAACUGCAUCGCCAACCACACCGGCGCCGACAUCAACAGGGACAUCGACUUCCUCAAGAACGGCAACGGCACCACCAGCGGCAUCGGCAGCAGCGUGGAGAAGUACAUCAUCGACGAGGACCACAUGUCCUUCAUCAACAACCCCAACCUCACCGUGCGCGUCCCCAUCGCCGUCGGCGAGUCGGACUUCGAGAACCUCAACACGGAGGAUUUCAGCAGCGACACGGAUCCCGACGGCAGCAAGGAGAAACUCGACGAGACCAGCUCCUCUGAGGGCAGCACCAUUGACAUAAAGCCCGAGGUGGAGGAGGUCCCGGUGGAGGCACCUGAGGAGUACCUGGACCCCGAUGCCUGCUUCACAGAGGGCUGUAUGCAGCGCUGCAAGUGUUGUCAGGUCAACAUUGAGGAGGGGCUGGGAAAGUCGUGGUGGACCUUGAGGAAAACUUGUUUCCUGAUUGUGGAGCACAAUUGGUUUGAGACUUUCAUCAUCUUCAUGAUCCUCCUCAGCAGUGGUGCUCUGGCUUUUGAGGACAUUUACAUCGAGCAGAGGAAAACCAUCCGGACCAUCCUGGAGUAUGCAGACAAGGUCUUCACCUACAUUUUCAUCCUGGAGAUGCUGCUGAAGUGGUGUGCCUAUGGAUUUGUCAAGUUCUUCACCAACGCCUGGUGCUGGCUGGAUUUCCUCAUCGUGGCUGUCUCUUUAGUCAGCCUUAUAGCUAAUGCCCUGGGCUACUCGGAACUAGGUGCCAUAAAAUCCCUUAGGACACUAAGAGCCUUGAGGCCUUUAAGAGCGUUGUCCCGAUUUGAGGGCAUGAGGGUGGUUGUCAAUGCCUUGGUUGGCGCUAUCCCUUCCAUUAUGAAUGUCUUGUUGGUCUGCCUUAUCUUCUGGCUGAUUUUCAGCAUUAUGGGGGUUAACCUGUUUGCCGGGAAAUAUCAUUACUGCUUUAAUGAAACAGCUGAGCAUCGCUUUGAGAUAGAUGUUGUUAACAACAAGACAGACUGCGAAGCUCUGAUGCCGCCCAACUCCACGGAGAUCCGAUGGAAGAAUGUGAAAAUUAACUUUGACAACGUUGGGGCAGGAUAUCUGGCUCUCCUGCAAGUUGCCACGUUCAAGGGCUGGAUGGACAUCAUGUACGCAGCUGUAGAUUCCAGAAAGCAAGAAGAGCAGCCCAAGUACGAGGACAACAUUUACAUGUACAUUUAUUUUGUUAUCUUCAUCAUCUUUGGUUCCUUUUUCACCCUGAACUUGUUCAUUGGUGUCAUCAUCGACAACUUCAACCAACAAAAGAAAAAGUUUGGAGGUCAAGAUAUUUUCAUGACAGAAGAACAGAAGAAGUAUUAUAAUGCCAUGAAAAAACUGGGCUCAAAGAAGCCUCAAAAACCCAUUCCCCGACCUCUGAACCGCAUCCAAGGAGCCGUCUUCGACUUUGUCACUCAGCAAGCCUUUGACAUCGUCAUCAUGAUGCUCAUCUGCCUCAACAUGGUGACCAUGAUGGUGGAGACCGACACGCAGAGCAAGCAGAUGGAGGACAUCCUCUACUGGAUCAACUUUGUGUUUGUCAUCUUUUUCACCUGUGAGUGUGUGCUGAAGAUGUUCGCCUUGCGGCACUACUAUUUCACCGUCGGGUGGAACAUUUUUGACUUCGUGGUUGUGAUUCUGUCCAUCGUGGGGAUGUUCCUGGCUGAGAUCAUCGAGAAGUACUUCGUGUCGCCCACGCUGUUCCGAGUCAUCCGCCUGGCGCGCAUCGGCCGCAUCCUGCGGCUGAUCAAGGGAGCCAAAGGGAUCCGCACGCUGCUUUUUGCCUUAAUGAUGUCCCUGCCUGCCUUGUUCAACAUCGGCCUCCUGCUCUUCCUGGUCAUGUUCAUCUUCUCCAUCUUCGGCAUGUCGAACUUCGCCUACGUCAAGCACGAGGCCGGCAUAGAUGACAUGUUCAACUUCGAGACCUUUGGCAACAGCAUGAUCUGCUUGUUCCAGAUCACCACGUCGGCGGGCUGGGACGGGCUCCUGCUGCCCAUCCUGAACCGGCCGCCGGACUGCGACCUGGACAAGGAGCACCCGGGCAGCGGCUUCAAGGGGGACUGCGGGAACCCUUCGGUGGGGAUUUUUUUCUUCGUGAGUUACAUCAUCAUCUCCUUCCUGAUCGUGGUCAACAUGUACAUCGCCAUCAUCCUGGAGAACUUCAGCGUGGCCACGGAGGAGAGCGCGGAUCCGCUCAGCGAGGACGACUUCGAGACGUUCUACGAGAUCUGGGAGAAGUUCGACCCCGACGCCACGCAGUUCAUCGAGUACAGCAAGCUGGCGGACUUCGCCGACGCCCUGGAGCAUCCGCUCCGCGUCCCCAAACCCAACACCAUCGAACUCAUCGCCAUGGACCUGCCCAUGGUGAGCGGGGACAGGAUCCACUGUUUGGACAUCCUGUUUGCCUUCACCAAACGUGUCCUGGGGGACAGCGGGGAGCUGGACAUCCUGAGGCAGCAGAUGGAGGAGAGGUUUGUGGCUUCCAACCCUUCCAAAGUGUCUUACGAGCCCAUCACCACCACGCUGCGGCGCAAGCAGGAGGAGGUGUCGGCGGUGGUGAUCCAGAGGGCUUACAGGGCUCGCUUGGCACGACGGGGCUUCAUCGGCCGCAGGCCUGCCGCCGCCAAACUGGAGAACGGGGGAGCUAACAGGGAGAAGAAGGAGGGCACCCCGUCCACGGCGUCCCUGCCCUCCUACGACAGCGUCACCAAACCCGAGAAGGAGAAGCAGCAGCGCGCCGAGGAGGGGAGGCGAGAAAAGGCAAAGAGACAAAAGGACGCCAGGGAGGCCAAGUGUUGAGACACACACACACACACACCCCCCCACCCCACACACACACACAAAAGGAAAAAAAAAGGAGAAAAAAAAAAUAAAAAAAAUAGUAGAAUUGUACGAAUUAAAAUAUUUGCAAGCGAAAAAAAAAAAAAAGAUUGUUUACAAACUUCCUGAAAUAUAUCAAUACAGAACAGCUGUGGAGACACUUACCUGAAGAUCUUAUACCAAACAUAGUCUGCUUACUGUGUGACAGCGUUGCAUCUAAAGCAGUGACCUACCACCUGUUUAAAGGACCCUGUAAACAAACAUUUAAACACACAAAAAAAAGGAAAAAAAAAGGAUUUUCUAUUGUUUGGGCAGGUGGAUACUGCAUGUUCCACAUCAGUCAAUGCAACUUAGGACAAGCAAGCAAAAUAAACCACACACACACACACAGAGAAACAAAACCCGCUGCUGGGAUUCAUGUGUUUUCCAAAGCAGCCCCAAGUGGAUUUUAUUUUCCCAUUUUGUUGGUUAUUCUCUGAAGGAAACCCAGAAGUCACAAUGUUAAUGGGUUUGUCCAUGCAAAACUAGAUUUGCAUUUAGUUAAGCAGCAAACAAAAAAUAAAGAGGAAAAAAAAAAAAGAGAAAAAAAUUGAAAAAGAGUUAAAACAAGUAGAACAACAACAAAAAAAAGGAGAAAUGAAACAAAGCACCCAUUGAGCCCACUGAGUUACCAUAGUUUAUUUGAGAUUUAUUAUUUGCAUCCUGUUUUCUCCAUGGGCUUUACUUGGUUUGGGAGAUGGGGUGAUGGGGUUCCCUCAGCCUGGAGCCAGCUCGGGCUGAUCCCCCCCAGAGAAUCCCAGAAGUGCUCGUUCACGCCUGGAAGCGAUUUCUGCAUGACGGCAUGCCCAGGGACCAUGCAUGAGGAACCACCACCAGGAGUCACCUGUCCACAGAGGUGUGUCAAAGCCAUAAAGUCGAGGCACUCCCCUUGAGUAUCUACCGCACACUGUAUUUGGAGAGAAGCCGUAGUGAUGCUCCUGCCCGGCACCAGUACGUCCCAGUUCCUAGAGAAUCUUCCAUUAACCUGCCACUAGAAGAAAAAAAACCAAAACAACCCAACAAAAACCCAACCAAAAAAACCCAAACUCUCAAAACCACAGAACCCCCCCAGCAGAACCCAACAAGCAGGUGAAUGAAUUGUGUGUGUCUGUUUAACAACUUUGACUUUCUUUUUCCAUACAGCCAUGGUUUUUUGCACACUGAAACAGAACAAAAUUCAAAAUGCUGCUCUGGACCUCACCAAAGGGGAGAGGAUAAAUCUGGGAAUGGCUUGUUAUCCAUGUCACUGUAAAUCCAAAACCUAGGGCUUCAACCAGCCAGCAAGGUCAGUUGUAUCCUGCAAUAUUUAGCAUUAAUAUUAAUUAUCGUUCAGCCUCCAUCCUGCAGCGUAGGCACUUCUUUUGGUAGAGAUAAAUGUUAAAAAGAAAAGAGAGGGGAAAAGCAGCACGCCGUGUGUGCUGGCAGGAAUUUGGGGAGCUCGCCCGCGGCAGCCCCAGGUGCAGGGCGGGGUUGGGACUCGCCCUUGGCUCCUGCUCGGGGGAUGCAGGGCUGGAGCCUGGGGUGCAGCCAGGAGGGGUUUGGGGGUGCAGCCCGGGGGGGCUCAGUGCCUUCACCGUGCCCAUUUCCCAGCCCUGCAGCCCCGGGGCUCUGGGGGCGACGGGCGACGGGCAGUGGGCACUGCUCCACCCGGCCCCGGUGCAGCGGCGCCAGCGGCGCGAGCCACGGCCGGCUCAGUCCCCGGUGAGGGGCUGGGGGUGUCCCAGGGUGGGGCCUGGGGUGUCCCAGUACAUUCCAGGGUGUCCCAGUGCAGCCUGGGGUUUCCCCAGCAUGACCUGGAGUGUCCCAGGCCAGCCCAGGGUGUCCCAGGCCAGCCCAGGGUGUCCCAGUACAUUCCGGGGUGUCCCAGUACAUUCUGGGGUGUCCCCAGUUCAUUUUGGGGUGUCCCAGGCCAGGUCCCCAGCCCGGGGGUCUCCUCAGGGCCGGGCUGGUGGCGCUGGGCGAGGUGACACUGCCGUGCUCCCGUUCGCCCCCGUCCCAACCGAGCGUCGCCCGAACCAGUGGGGAAAUGAAAAAUCAGCAAAGCCCCGGGACAGCAGAGCCCGAUGGGAGGAUGAGUCUCAGUUUGCAGCAUCCCAUAAACCCAGAGAAAGGACAGGAAUCGCCCAAAAGAACCAAACCCACGCGUGAAGCCAUCCAGCAGCCGCCUGUGCCGCCCCGGGAGCGGCUCCGCUCCGCAGCAGGGACCUCUCUGUCCUGCCCCCCCUGCUCCUAGGAUGGGAUGUAUCAUAACAAAAACAACAGACAGCAACAACAACAAAUCUACAUACAUAUGUACAGGCUACGUUGUAAACAGCACAAAAAAAAAAAAAAAACCAACAAAAAAAAGGAAAAAAAAAUAGCUGAAAAGUGUGGUUGAACUUUUUAAGAGAAUAUUAUAAAUACUGUAAUAUAUCAUUUUAUUUUAUUGGCAUGCCUUUUUGUAAAUACAAAGAAUUACAAAAAUUAUAGAAUGGCUUCUGGCUUAUGCCAUUGUCCAUGGUUAUUUUUAUUUUUUUAAGAUUUUUCUGUUGUCCUUAGAUUUUAGAUAGCCAGGAAAUGUCCCCCAAGGAAAAAAAAUAAAAACACAACAACAACAAAAAAAUUCCAAACGAAAACCCAGUCCCCUCAAAAUAGAUUUUAACAAAAGCUUUAUUGCAAGCGGUAUUUGCAGCAGCAAAAGUGUCUAUUUUUGGGUUCCAAUGUGCAAUAAGUUGACCACUUCUAUGCAAGAUUUGGCUGAACUUCAUAAUUGUUCUUAGGCUGGGCUGAGUCUUGUAGGUGACGCUCGGUGCGUUGGCGUUUGUGCUGGCAACUCAUGAAGCUGCUCAAUGACUUUAAAAUAAAAAGUCCCUUCAAACUGUAUAUAUAUUUAUUGAUUUCUUUUAGUGUUUUAGCAGUGUGAGACGCCAGGGGCGGGGGGAGGAGGUUCUGCAGCUGCUUCCUGCUGAGUUCAGGGCUGUCUGGGGCCGCUUUUCUCCUUUGGUUUCCUCCCCAGGGCGGGGAGCCAAGGUGGGACCUCAGGGACCUUCGUGUCCCACCCAAAUCUCCAGAUUCCAACACGGAAUUCGCGCUCUGGAUUCAGGGGGUGGCGUCAGAAAGAUGUGGCCAAAACUCACAACCACGCCGAGCAGUUCCCUUCCCUCUCCUGCCUCUAAAAUCCCUUUUGGGUGAAUUUGUGACUCCAAAAGCAUGGAGGGGAGGGUGUUAAUGAAGUGUCAGUCCAGGCUGCUUUAUUCACUUUCCUCUUCACCUUUUCUUAAAAUAUUUCAAAUUAAAAUUUCAACCAAUGUUGAAAAAAAAUGAAAUCAGGUAACCCCAUGGUGUUUCUUAGAGGAGGCCACACCUGAGUUUGAGUGAUUCUUCUGCUGCAAAAAUAAAAUAAAAUAAAAAAUAAAACAACCAAACCAACAACCUGUUAAAGCUGUAAAAGCUCAGUAUGAAGAUUAGUGUAUUAGGAAUUGCAUGGUGGCUCAUGACGGUCCUGCCCAACAGGAUUAGCAAUUACUAUAAGCCAAAAGAAAAUGAAAUAAACGUGACCCUUUUCACUGUACAAGGGAAGGUUGUCUCGGUGUCCCGGUUAUUUCCCUGCUCGCAUUCUCACUCCUCCUCCCCGUUUCCUCCCCCUCUGUGCUUCCCCCGAGGUUUUCAGGGGGGUUUGGUGGAGCAGGGUGAGGUGCAGGAGCUGUUUUGGUUUUCGGUGUCAGGUGCUGUCGGGUGCCAGCAGGAGCCUGGCAGAGCCCAGCUGGGUCUGUGGGGUCUGAGCCUGCUGGGGCUGCCUUGGCUGGGACAGGUGAGAGCUCAGACAGGUGAGAACUCAGGCAGGUGAGAGCUCCAGGUGAGGAUUCUCCGUGCUGGAUCUGCUCUGGCAGGGGCGGACGUUGUUCUGUGAUGGCUCACCCUGUAACUGCUCACCUUUAACCCCUCACCUUUAACCCCUCAACCCCUCACCCUGCAGCCCCAUCAGUGCCCUAAAAAGCCCCAAGAAAUGACCCAAAGGCCCCUGGAGUCCUUCCCUGGGGGACUGGGAGGCAGCAGGAGCCCCAGAGCAGCCCUGCACAGCUGCUGCCUCCCAGUGCUCCCUGGGUCACUGGGUCACUGGCGCCGGGGGGUUUCCUGCUGCUCAGUGGUGCUCAAGGGCCCUGGCGUGGGGCUGUGACCCCUCACCUGCACCCUGCCACCCCCUCCCAGCCCUGAGCAGACAGAGCUGGGCCUGAGCAGGAUUUAACUGGAGCUGAAUGUCCAAGGCAUUGCCUCAGGAUUGCUUUUCAUGUUUGAAUUCUGGUCACUUUGGAGUCGUUUUAGGAAGCGUGAGUUCUGGUCCGGUUUAUUUUACAAAUCUGAGUUUUGCUGCUGGGUUGGGGCCGGCCAAAGCAAAGCCAGAGCGUGGCUGUGCCGUCCUGUCCCACACGCUGGUGCCACUGGUUUAACUGGGCGCAGGGAUGGAGGAUUCCCAGUUCUCCCCAUCUGUAAAUGCGGUGGCUCAUUCCCUACCUCACAGGGGUGUUGUGAGGCUCCGUUAGUGGCGGGGUGCUGCGCUGAGCAUGGCUGAGGUGUGUGCAGCACCGAGGCGGUGACAAAGCCGCUGCUGUCCGAGUCCCGCACCCUGCGGCUGCAGGGCAGGGCCGCUGCUCCCCCCGACCCCGCCGGUGUUUGCUGCUCCCCUCCACCUCUGCGGUGUUUUACCCGGGGAGAGGAGGAGGAUGGAGCCGGGGCAGGGUGGAGGAAGGGAUGGAAGGGACGGGCUGGGAGUUCCAUGGCUGAACUUUUCAGUUCCUUUGUACUGUACAUCUUUUUACUUUGGAAUUUGCAAUAAAGAGGUAUGUCCAUCUUGUUUUAACAA